GCGGCGGGGGGAAGUGCCGACAGCCGCGCCGAGCCCAGGCGAGCGCGGCCGGGCCGAGGCGGGCCGUGCCCCGCGGCGGGGCCGGCGGGACGCCUGGGAGCCGAGCCCGGCGAUGCGGCGGUGAGGGCGGCGGGGGCCGGCGCCGCCGCGAUGCUCCGCCGCAGCCUCAGCCGCCUGUGUGCCGGGGAGGAGAAGCGGGUCGGUACGCGCACUGUGGUGGUCGGGCACCGUGCUGUUUCGGAAACAGAUGCCUACGUGGCACAGAAGUUCUGCGACAACAGGAUCGUCUCCUCCAAGUACACCCUCUGGAACUUCCUCCCGAAGAACCUUUUUGAGCAGUUUAGAAGAAUUGCCAACUUCUACUUCCUCAUCAUCUUCCUCGUGCAGGUGAUAGUGGACACCCCAACCAGCCCGGUGACCAGCGGCCUCCCACUCUUCUUUGUCAUCACGGUCACAGCUAUCAAACAGGGCUACGAGGACUGGCUGAGGCACAGAGCUGACAACGAAGUGAACAAGAGCAAUGUCUUCAUUGUCGAAAAUGCAAAGCAAGUGCGGAAAGAGAGUGAAAAAAUCAAGGUUGGAGACAUAGUAGAAGUGAAAGCAGACGAGACCUUCCCCUGUGACUUGAUAUUUUUGGCCUCGAGCAGCGUUGAUGGGACCUGUUACGUCACUACAGCGAGUCUCGAUGGCGAGUCCAAUUUCAAGACUCACUAUGCAGUGCGGGAUACCACCGUGCUCUGUACGGACGAAGCCAUCGACGCCCUCACUGCCACCAUCGAGUGUGAACAGCCACAGCCUGACCUCUACAAGUUUGUUGGAAGAAUUAUCAUCUACAGAAGCAAUCAAGAGCCCGUAGCCAGGUCUUUGGGUCCUGAAAACCUGUUGCUGAAGGGUGCUACCCUGAAAAAUACCAAGAAGAUUUAUGGAGUUGCGGUCUAUACCGGAAUGGAAACGAAAAUGGCUUUGAACUACCAAGGGAAAUCUCAGAAACGGUCUGCUGUAGAAAAAUCUAUCAACGCUUUCUUGAUAGUGUAUUUGUGCAUCCUCUUGAGCAAGGCUACUGUGUGCACGACGCUGAAAUACGUCUGGCAGAGCAAUCCAUUUAACGACGAGCCUUGGUACAAUGAAAAGACUAAAAAAGAGAGGGAGACGUUCAAGGUCUUGCGGAUGUUCACGGACUUCUUGUCAUUUAUGGUCCUCUUCAAUUUCAUUAUCCCAGUCUCCAUGUACGUUACGGUAGAGAUGCAGAAGUUCUUGGGCUCCUUCUUCAUCUCUUGGGACAAGGAGAUGUACGACGAGGAAAUAAAAGAGGGGGCAUUGGUGAAUACCUCGGAUCUGAACGAAGAGCUUGGGCAGGUGGAGUACGUCUUCACGGACAAAACCGGGACGCUGACCGAGAACAGCAUGGAGUUCAUUGAGUGCUGCAUAGACGGGCACAAGUACAAAGACUGCAUUUCGGAGGUGGAUGGCUUCUCUCAGACCGACGGGCCUCUAAAAUAUUAUGGCAAAGCAGAAAAGAGCCGCGAGGAGCUGUUCCUGCGAGCCCUCUGCCUGUGCCACACCGUCCAGAUCAAGGAGGCAGACCAGGUGGAUGGGCUGAUAGGACAUCCAGGACACAAAUACACCUAUAUCUCCUCUUCCCCAGACGAAAUUGCUUUGGUGAAAGGCGCAGAAAAGUAUGGUUUCACUUUUCUAGGACUUGAAAACGAUUUCAUGAAAAUACGAAACCAAAAGAAUGAAACGGAAAUGUACCAGCUUCUCCAUGUGUUGAACUUUGAUCCUGUCCGUCGCCGUAUGAGCGUCAUUGUGAGAACCACCACGGGGAAGUUGCUUCUCUUCUGUAAAGGAGCAGACUCCUCUAUUUUUCCAAGGGUGCAGCAAGAAGAGAUCCAACAAACGAAAGUCCACGUGGACCGCAACGCGAUGGAUGGCUACCGAACGCUCUGCGUGGCCUUCAAAGAGCUAACUCAAAAGGAGUACGACAAAAUUGACAGGCAACUUAACGAGGCGAAGAUGGCUCUGCAGGACAGGGAGGAAAAGAUGGCGAAGGUUUUUGAAGACACAGAAGCAGACAUGCACUUGAUAGGGGCUACAGCCGUAGAAGACAGGCUGCAGGAGCAGUCGGCAGAGACGAUUGAAGCCCUGCAUGCUGCCGGCAUGAAGGUUUGGGUGCUGACGGGCGACAAGAUGGAAACAGCCAAAUCCACCUGCUACGCCUGCAGGCUCUUCCAGACCAGCACCGAGUUGCUGGAGCUGACGGCCAAAACAGUGGGUGAGAGCGAAAGAAAGGAGGAUCGGCUCCAUGAGCUGCUGAUGGAGUACCAUAAAAGACUCAUUCAGGAUGUUCCCAAAAACCGGGGAGGCCUGAAGAGAAGCUGGACGCUGAGUCAAGAAUAUGGCCUGAUUAUAGACGGCUCCACGCUGUCGCUGAUACUCAACCCUUCUCAGGAUUCCAGUUCUAGUAAUUACAAAAACAUAUUUCUACAAAUCUGCUUGAAGUGCACUGCAGUCCUCUGCUGCCGCAUGGCUCCUUUGCAGAAAGCACAGAUUGUGCGCAUGGUGAAGAACACAAAAGGGAGCCCGAUAACUCUCUCCAUAGGGGAUGGUGCAAAUGACGUUAGUAUGAUUUUGGAAGCACACGUUGGAAUUGGUAUAAAAGGCAAAGAAGGACGGCAGGCUUCCAGAAACAGCGACUAUGCUGUGCCAAAGUUUAAACAUCUAAGAAAAUUGCUACUAGCACAUGGGCAUUUAUAUUAUGUGAGAAUAGCACACCUUGUACAGUAUUUCUUCUAUAAGAACCUUUGCUUCAUUUUACCGCAGUUUUUAUACCAGUUCUUCUGUGGAUUCUCACAGCAGCCUCUGUACGAUGCUGCUUAUCUUACCAUGUACAACAUCUGCUUCACGUCGCUCCCCAUCCUGGCAUACAGCCUCCUGGAGCAGCACAUCACCAUCGACACGCUGACGGCCGAUCCUCAGCUCUACAUGAAGGUUUCCGAUAACGCGAUGCUGCAGUGGCGGCCGUUCCUUUACUGGACCUUCCUGGGCGCCUUUGAAGGACUCGUCUUUUUCUUUGGGGUUUAUUUUCUUUUUCAAAAUUCAUCGUUGGAAGAUAAUGGAAAGGUUUUUGGGAACUGGACCUUUGGGACGAUAGUUUUCACCGUGCUGGUGUUCACCGUCACUCUGAAGCUGGCGUUGGAUACCCGAUUCUGGACCUGGAUGAACCACUUUGUGAUUUGGGGCUCCCUUGCCUUCUAUGUGUUUUUCUCAUUCUUUUGGGGAGGAGUCAUUUGGCCUUUCUUGAAGCAGCAAAGAAUGUAUUUUGUAUUUGCCCAUAUGCUGACUUCUGUUUCCACGUGGCUGGCAAUAAUUCUCCUGAUCUUUAUCAGCCUUUUCCCAGAAAUUCUUCUAAUAGUUUUAAAAAGUAUAAAAGAGAGAAAUCAUCAGAGCAGCAGGAAGGUGCCUGAUUCAUUGUCGGCCAGACCUUCUGUCAAACCACUUCUUUUAAGAACGUUCUCAGAUGAGUCUAAUGUGUUGUAACAGACUGGCCCCUUUGACCUGCCCAUGUUAGUCUCAUACAAACGUAUAGAGAAUGGCUAUGUGAAGACUGAAGAUGCUGUUACUAAUUUGGCAGAAAGAUGUCCUCUCAGGAUACUUUAAAGUGCUCCGUACAAACACUGCGUGUUGUCACGCUGUCAGGAAAAAAAAAACACAACAUGGGUUUAACCUAACAGUUUUCUUUAAUAUUACCAAGUACAGCAAGCAGCCGUGCUGAUAAAGCAGUAGCCAGGGCACUGGCCCCAUGGUACCCCUUUGCCUUUGGGCUUUGUGGCUUCCCCACCCCUCCAAAAAAAAAAAAAAAAAAAAAAAUUCUGCCAAAUUCUAUGUCUUUGGAGGCUGAGAAAGCAUUUUUAAGAAUUCCUCGUGAAACAGCAUGAAGUGAAGUGCAAGAGAGCGAUGCCAGCCCCAUUUCACACGGUGGGGGGGGGUCUUCCUCUGCCUGCGGCGGAUCUGUCCGAGAGCAGCUGAGAGCUGCUGAAAUCUCUCACUCCGCCUGACCAAAGAAGUAGCACGGACUUUAAACCUCGUAACAGCCCUCUCCAGCUCCCCGAAGGCGCUGGGGGGAGCGCUGGAUGCAGCCCCGUGAGCGUCUCGCCCGCUGCUGGGGCUGCGACCGACCCCUCGGCGGGGGGCUGCCCCCCUCCCAGCUGUGGGUUGCUGGAUGCACGUGGAAAGAAGUACUUGAAAACUGGGGAGAAAUCUUCACCGGUGGUGUAGAGCGUUCAGUCGCACGUCCCUCCUCUGGGUACGGCUGGAAGCGGUGGUACCCGCGGUGCUGGGAAGCGCCUGAGCAUCCUCCUGCCGCCCGUUUGCUGAUGGGUUUGUUGCUGGUGGAGGGGGAAGAAAAAGCAGUUCUCCCUCGUGUUUUGGCUGUUCGUGAUGGAAGGAAACUCAGAAGCUGGGCUGUGCCAGACAUUUUGAGCCAUUUUGCCCGGGUUGUGCUUACGUUACUGCGCCCUGCAGUUGCUUCAAUGCUUUAAAGCCCUGAGUGACAGUGCAGUCCUUGGGUGAUCCCGGGGACGCGGGCUGUGCCUGCGGACCUGCAGGCAUGUAAAACUGCAUCUGGAGUUAUUUGCACUACGAAAAAAGAAGCCAGUUUGAAAAAACAACGAGGAAGAUGCGAACCUGAUUUUGUUUUACACUUCAUUUAGGUUUUAAAAUUGGCAUGUGCUUUUUAAAUCUACCUGUACCGUGGUCGCGGGAGCUUUUCUCUUUAGGCAGUGCGCAGCAGAGGUGAGAUACCUGCCUCUUGGUUUUAUUUGAUGUGAUUUUUUUUUAUUCUCUGAUACUUCAUAUGUGGGAAAAGCAGUGCUUUUUUCUUUUUUUUGUUAAGUCGUAAGCAGUGACGGAGCUCCCUGUGUGCCACCGCCGUUCGGUGUGAUGGUCCCCCCUGGAGCGGCGCGGGGCGAGCGAUGGCAAGGAGCGCUGGGGUCUCAUUCCAGCACAGGAGCUCUACGCUGCCGACGGGUUUGGCUCCUGUUCCCUCAGGCUGUGCAUUGCGAAGAAACAACGAUGUGGGAUUAGAUGGAACAUUCCCUUUGUCAAAUUUUGCUGAGCUAUUAAUUUUUGGAAGAAUCUCUCCUUUCUCGCCGGUCACUACCCCUGAGGUCCAUCUUCGAUGCUGGUGGGAGCAGGUUGCGGAUCAGCUGCAGGUGUGCAUCGUUAGGACUUUGCUAAUGGGCCUUAUCCAAGCAGGGAACGGGGUGUGCACAGUCCCUAUGGCCGGUGGCUGCUUUUCUGUCACCCAGCAUGGGAGGGGACGUAUGGACAUAUGGACAGGACCACUGUAUUAUACGCGCUGCGCUGGCCUCAAGUCAAGCGGCGUUUGUUAGCGCCGCAGCCGCGGCUCAACUCCUUGCUGCAUGCGGGUACAGAGCUGCACUUCCAGCAUGUGUCCCACGGGCAAAGCUUUUUUGUUUUUUCUUCUUCCCUGUUUUUCUUUUUUUUUCUUCUUCCCUUUUCCGAGCUCAUUUCAAGGACCUGGAAUUCAACUUUUGGACCUUGUCCCGUUCUCGACUUUUCUUGCUAAAAUGUGGUGCCUACGGAUCACAUAAUGCAAUGAAGAUGAUGAAGAUAACGCUCUAUAUGCCAAAUCUAACCUUUUUCCUUAAAUACACAGUUGCUGACUUGGGUUUACACAACCUUUAAAAUGCGGGCGCUGAGAUGCCUCAUUCCUGUGAUUCCAAACCAUUCCAAGCCCGGAUGGUCCCACGCCUGACUCCUUGCUCCUCCGGUUGGUUUGCAUCCUCCUACUCUACUCCUAAGGUCAAAAGUCUGUUCCUGGGAAAUCCGGCUGGAGGUUUUGCCGUCGGGGCUUAGCGGGAGCAGAGCGAAGCUUGCCAUGUGUGUGCAGUGUGUGAACUGUCCCAAAAAAGCCACUCAAAGGGGCCCAUUCCUGCAGCCCGUUUUAAGACGGAGCCUUCCAAGAACCAAAUCAAUCCUUCUCUUCCCCCUUUCCAAGCAUCCUGUCUGAGGAUGGAGCAAGCCAUCGCCAUAGCUGCACCUCCAAACCCAAGGCGCUGACAGGCGGGUGGGAAUUAACGUGAAAUGUUUCAAAAAGUAGUUAUUUAGGGGGAAAAUACAGGUUUUCUUGGGCUUGGAUCUUCAGCUGGUGCACUGGGGUGAUGCUGGGGCUGCCCUGGACCAGCAGAAGAGCUGGUGCUCAUCAUCCAUCAGUGGCAGAAGUGCUGUGGGUGACUUGGGAAAUCGGGGGACCCCUUUUGGGGGCUUAGAGAAGGGAAGAAAAAGCGGUGACAGUAACUCCAAGGUGUCGCCCGUCAGGCUGGGGAAGUGGCAGUAACCCGACAGUGAUGCUGUGAUUGUUGUCUGUGUACCGCGCUGUUACAGCGCUCCGUAGGGAGCGAAAAGGUCAGUACAGGCUCAUCGGUGGAAAAACUUGAAGGAAAAAAGGCUGGGGUUUUGGUUUGGGGGUUUUUUUAGUCUGUUGGGGUUUUUUUGUUGUUUUUUUUUUUUUUUGUAAUAAUUCGUUGAAGUUUAAUCACUGGCUAGUGACACUGAAAGAUAAGGAAAGUAAUUAAGAUUUCCUCUAAAACUGUUACGUGAUAACGGAGGAACUUGGUGUAGUCAUAGCUGCUUCUCAAAAACUAAUCCGGAUUGUCAUGAGAAUAUUAUAAAUUACUUGGAAUCGCAUAAAAGCUUAAAAUUGAAUUUGUAUACACACAAAUUGAAAAACUUACCUAAUACUGCACCACUUACCCAGUUUCCCAGCUAUGGAAUAUUUUUGGAAACCAUGUAGUAUAUAUAAAGUGUAAACUAUAUACAGGUGAUGAGAAGAUACAUUUUUCAGCUUCUUGCAAAAAAAAAAAAUAAAAAUAAAAGGACUGCAACCUUACAUUUUUUUCACUUAAAUGCAAUUUUAUACAUUUAUGUUGCUUUAUAUAAAGGAAAUUGAAUGUGAAUGUUGCCUUUUAUGAAUGCAACUUGCUCUUUUUUCAUUACCGAGACUUUUGUUUGAAGUAAUCAAUAAACUUUGGUAUGUUGU